CCUUUCUCUCCGGCAGUUUUGGUUUAAUUCCGGCUGCUGGAGGGCUCGGGUGGGUUUUUCCCCCCCUACUCUUUUUCCCCACCAUCGCAUUUUAACUCAGCGUCAACCCGCCGCUCCUCGGGCCCGGGGGUGCGAUUCCCUUCUUGGAGAGGAAUCCCUAAGUCUGCCCCAAGUUUUGCAAUUCCUGGGAGAAGGAGCCGCCGCCGUUCCCGACAACCUGCAGCCAGCCCGGCCGUCGCUCCCGCAGCGCCCUGGGAAAAUCCAUCGCCGUGUCCAAAAGCGUAACCCAGACUGCAAGGUGAGGGAGAGGAGGACAAGGCACGGCUUCGGAUGGAGCUGGAGAAUAUUCCCGAGAAAUCCCCGCAGGUCCUGCUAGCGAGUCAUGAUGGUUGAAUCUGCCUCGGAGACGAUACGUUCCACCCCCUCCGCCCAGAACGGGGUGAGCAGCCUCAGCCAGCAGCCCGAUGGCGGCGGGGGCGGCGCGGGGGGCGGCGGGCGCGACGGAGCCACCGGCGAGGCCAACGGAGAGAUGAGCCCCGUGGAGCUCCUGCACUUCCAGCAGCAGCAGGCUCUCCAGGUGGCACGGCAGUUCCUGCUGCAGCAGGCCACGGGGCUGAGCUCCCCCAGCAGCAACGAGGGCAAGCAGCCAGCAGUGCAGGUGCCCGUGUCCGUGGCCAUGAUGUCCCCGCAGAUGAUCACGCCGCAGCAGAUGCAGCAGAUCCUCUCUCCGCCCCAGCUCCAGGCCCUCCUGCAGCAGCAGCAGGCGAUAAUGCUGCAACAGCUGCAGGAAUACUACAAGAAGCAACAGGAGCAGCUUCACCUGCAGCUAUUGACGCAGCAGCAAGCUGGAAAGCAGCAACCCAAAGAGCCGUUGGGGAACAAGCAGCUGGCCUUCCAGCAGCAGCUCCUGCAGAUGCAGCAGCUCCAGCAGCAGCACCUGUUAAACCUGCAGCGCCAGGGCCUGGUGAGCCUCCCGCCAGGGCAGGGCACAGUGCCCCUGCAGACCCUGCCCCAAGCCGUGUGCCCCUCGGACCUCCAGCAGCUCUGGAAAGAGGUCACGGCCGCCCAGCCCGUCGAGGACAGCAUUAAGCAAGAAGGUCUUGACCUCACCACCAACACCUCCAACUCUACCUCGUUUUCGGCCGCCAAGGUCUCGCCUCCCAUCUCCCAUCACCCUCUGCCCAAUGGGCAGAGCACCAUGCACACGCCGAGAAGGGACAGCUCUUCCCACGAAGAGACCCCUGGCUCCCACCCGCUCUACGGCCACGGAGAGUGCAAGUGGCCCGGCUGCGAAACCCUCUGUGAGGACUUGGGACAGUUUGUCAAACACCUCAACACAGAACAUGCACUUGAUGACCGAAGCACGGCCCAGUGUCGAGUCCAGAUGCAAGUGGUACAGCAGCUGGAGAUACAGCUGGCCAAGGAGAGCGAGCGUCUCCAAGCAAUGAUGGCCCAUCUUCACAUGAGACCUUCAGAGCCAAAGCCUUUCAGCCAGCCUGUAAGCCUGAACCUGGUCUCCAGUGCCACCCUCUCCAAGAGCACUUCCGACACGUUCCCCGACGGUUUACCUCAUCCCCCCACCUCCGCCACGGCGCCCAUCACCCCCCUGCGGCAGGGCCCCUCCGUCAUCAGCUCUUCCACUUUACACAACGUGGGGCCCAUCCGCAGGAGGAACUCGGAGAAGUUCUGCACCCCGAUAUCUUCAGAGCUUGCACAGAAUCACGAGUUCUACAAGAACGCUGACGUCCGGCCGCCCUUCACGUACGCGUCGCUCAUCCGGCAGGCCAUCCUGGAGACCCCCGACAGGCAGCUAACGUUGAAUGAAAUCUAUAACUGGUUCACGCGGAUGUUUGCCUACUUCCGGAGGAACACGGCCACCUGGAAGAACGCCGUCCGCCACAACCUGAGCCUGCACAAGUGCUUCGUGCGCGUGGAGAACGUCAAGGGAGCCGUGUGGACCGUGGACGAGCACGAGUACCAAAAGCGAAGGCCACCAAAGAUGACAGGGAGUCCGACCUUAGUCAAAAAUAUGAUUUCAGGACUCGGUUAUGGAGCACUUAAUGCAAGUUACCAGGCUGCGCUGGCAGAGAGCAGCUUCCCGCUGCUCAACAGCCCCACCAUGAUCAACACCAGCUCGGCCAGUGCCAUGCUGCACGUGGGCCACGACGACGUCAGCAGCACCGUGGAGCAGGUCAACAGCAACGGCAGCAACAGCCCACGCCUGUCCCCGCAGCAGUACAGCCACCCAGUGCACGUGAAGGAGGAACCAGCGGAGGCGGAGGACGACAGCAGACCUGUGUCGCUGAUGGCCACCACCAACCAGAAUGUGACGAUUCCCGACGACAGGGACCUGGAGGAGGAGCUGCCAGUGGAAGACUUGUCCUAAGGACUCCUUCCUCCUCCCCACCGAGGGGCAAACCCUUCCCACCCUCCCGGCCGGAGACCAAACGACGCUCCCACCUCCCCAAGGUGACCUUCGGCGUUAACCUGUUCUUUAAAGGCACUUCCACAAAGCAAAAGGGUUUCCUUGGGGCAACAAGCUGUUGCUGCCGGCGCGUCCCUCACGCUCCCACUGCCCCGCGCUGCAGCCGCUGACUGACCGACCCGGCCGCGGGCACGUCCUGCGGCACGAGAAGCAGAAACCCAAGAGCUGGACUUUUUCUCCCCUCCUCCCUUGGUUAGUGACUGGUGAACGAGGAUGGUAGGUUGUUUCUGUCCGAAAUGGUCCCUCCUUCCCUCCCAGGGAAGGCUCCUUUGUCCCCUCUCCCCACGCUGCUCGGCUGCCCGGCGGGGCUCCAACCCCGAGGGAGCGACGGCAGGAACCCACUGUCACCCCUCGGGCCCUCGGUGGGUUUUGCACUAGGAGGGACCGUGGACCCUGCCCACGUGUGCUGCCUCCACCCAGUUUUGGGGGAAGAAACAGCAGAAACGGCGCUGAGUCCUCUGCCCUGCUCUGGAUGUCGGGCUGCACCGUUGUCUUGAAGCUGGGGAAGGAUGAGGACCAGCACGUCAGUGGGACGGGGACCCCUCUGCCUUGUCACCUCUGGCCAGUUGCUCAACUGCCUGGCAGGCAGAGCGGCCUCCCCACGCUCCUGCCCUCCACGAGCUGGUUCCUGGCACCCAGCAGUGCUGACCAUCCCAGCCGACUGCCAGCGCCACGACACGGCUCCCCCGUUCCUGCUCCGCGUGGCUGCAGCGGGUGACACCUCCCAGCCCUCGUGGGGGUGGCCAGUGGCCUGACUUCGACUUCAGGGAAAGGCUCCCGAUCCUCUGCACGCCCCGUUCCACCUCCAAAGCCGGGGCAGGGUCUCAGUGGAGCAGGAGGACAGCGUCCCCCGACACUGAGCCUCCUCCUGGGGGCUCCUGCAGAGGAGCUGGGGGUCAUCCCAUCCCGCUGGGAGCAAAGCUGAGCACGGUGGAUCCCCAUGGUGGCCAAACCUGGCCAUGGCCCCCAAGCCGAGCCUGUUGCAGGGGGGCUCCUGCUUUCAUCUUUUCUUUUCCUUAUCCUUUUGUGUGCGUCCAGAUGGGAAGAUACCAAAAGAUUUCUAGAGACAGAAGGUCCGUAGUUCAGGUGAACAGAUGGUAUUAAUGCCAAAAAAAAAAAAAAUAUUAAUAAUAAUGAGAACAACACAACCAAACACCCCUCUUCUCCCUGCUCUUUCUUUCUGGGGUGGUGAUGUGGGUACCCAGUGCCAGCCUCCUCCUGGCAGGCAGCAUGGCAUCCCCAGUGCCCUGUGCUGGCUUCAGGGAGCAUCACCUUCCUUGGGGAGCAUCACCUUCCUUGGGGAGCAGCACUUUCCCUGGCACAGCCGGGCUGGCACUGGCUGUCUUGGCACACAGUGGGGUCCUGAGGGACUCACUGUGGUGGACGUGGGGCUGCUCUCGUUUUUGAGCCCAGCCCCAGGCUCUCCCAGAGCCAUCCCGAGGGCUGUUCCGUCCCUCCCUGUCCCUGGUACUCCGGGAUGAGACACUGGGGAGCUGUGUCACCCCCACGGGACAUGGGGCUGACACCCUGGGAGCAGCACUGAAAAUGCAGCACACAGCUAUGGGUGAUGGGGGUGGUUUUUGUCUGUCCGCACAUCACCUCUGUGACCUCCCCAGGGGGCUCCUGGUGCUGUGGGGUGUCCCCAGGGUGAGCCCGAACUCGACUCAUCCUUUUCCCUGCCUGAAGCAUCCUCGGUACCCAGGUGGCUGCGGAGAAGGGGGUCCCUGGCUCCCCCCUGCAGCCGGGGUGAGGCUGAGCAGAACCCCCCACCCCAGCCGUGUUCCCCUGUGCCACCCCCUGUGUCAUCCCGUGUGACACAGCCCGGUGGGGCUGUUAACGGGGGUCACCGGCACCCCCUCCGGGCUGGGGCUGCAGGGGGGGCCCUUUCCCAUUCCCAAAUCCGGCGUUUUCCCUGCUCCCCCCGCCCUCCCUCCCGCGGGUCCCCAACACCCCUGUAGGUGUCACCCGCGCUUCUCCGGCUGCCCGAGCGCAGGGACAGCCCCUUCCCUGCCCCUUCCCCGGCUCCCGGACCCUUCCCGGCCCCUCCGGCCUCGGCCCCGGCACCCCCCGGGCUCUGCCGGACACCAAAGACCCUGCCCGGGCCGGGGGGCACCACCCGACCCCCCCUUUUGCAGCCCUGUCCCCCCAUCCUGCCAAAGGAGCUGUGAGGCUGGAAGCACCGGGAAUUUUCACCACCUACUUUAUUUUAUCCUCUUUUUUUUCCCUUUUCUUCCCUUUUCCCUUUUUUUUUCCCCUUUUUUAUUUUCCUUUUCUUCUUUUUUCCCCUCGUUUUCUUUUUUUCCCCUCGUUUUCUCUUUUUCUCUUUUUCCCGUUUUUCUUUCCCCUGUUUUUUUCCUUGUUCCUAGUUCUUUUGAUUUUAAGUUAUUGUAGUACCAAGUUUACAGCUGGCACGGGGGGUGUUGCUGGGGGACGGCGUCGCCCAUUGCUGCUUUACUCGUACGAAGGGGCGGGGAGGGAUGGACAGGCUGGACCUCGGGGUGCAGCCCCUGAGCCCCUCACUGCUGCUCGGCCACGGUUCACCCUCCACAGGGAAUCUCCUGCCUCCAUCCAGGCUUUUGGGAUUUUGGGGUGGCAUCUUCCCGGGCAAGGGUUAUUGUGCCUCUUCGGGCAGUGCCAGCACCCACUGUUAGACCCCCUCACUGCUUGGAGGAGGUUUCAGUGGCUGCUCCCCAUUUUUUGCCCUUCCUGGUCCUUCUCCCUCACCUUCCUCCUGCUCUUUAAUUUUUUGGCAGCUUUGCACCCUGGAUUCUGCAUAAAUCCAGGGUGGCCCCGGCACCCCGGCGUUGCUGAGCCCUCCAGGGCUUCUUCCUGGGGGUAUGAUUAUAUUUUUUUUAAGCUUUUCCAGAGGUACAGACACCCCUGAAAUGCCUCCCAGGGCCUCCAGAUCCCCAUGGAUUCAGCCAAAAUCCCUGUGUGCCAUCAUCACCCCCAGACCCCGUGAGGAAAACCUGGCGCCUUCCCCUCUGUGCUGAGUAUUCCCAGAGGUUUUCAGCUGCCAUCCCGGCUCCCAAGAGCACUCUCUCUAUAUAUUAUAUAUAUAUAUAUAAAUAAAUAUAUAAGUAUAAAGGAGUUUUUUUCUUUAAACACAUGCACAGGUUUGGAAAGUCCUGUGGCUCCAGGUGAUGCCUCUUCCCCAGGAAUCCUGGUGGGUGAUUUCACAGGAAACGUGCCCGGUUUGAUACUCAGGGGUAAAUUUAAUUCCUUCUCUUAUCCCCUGCCCAGCCCAGCUGCCUCUGCAGGGUCCCACCUGAAGCAGGUACUGUGUGUGUGUCCCCCACCUCACCCACCCCUCUCACCCCUCUGGUUUAUUUUUUGGCUGGUUUGAAUUUUACUGAAUUCUGCGUGUCUUACCUCAAACACACGCCGGAGGCCGGGGGGAGGGAGGAUCAAGGACCAAACACAACGUGUGGCAGAAUUGUAUGUCUGUAUAUAUUGAGAUAUAUAUAUUCUGGGUUUAAACCUACCAAAACAAGUGGUUCUUUUUGGGCUUUUCUGAAUUUUUGUGUUUUAUUUCCUGUUUUUGCCCAACACAGGGCACUUCUAUGAGGGGAAGCUGUGGCCACCUCUCUGUACGUAAAGGCAUUUUUCUGGUAUCUCCCACUGAAGGAAUUACUAAUUUUUCCAUGUGUUUUUCCUUUUUUUCCCUCUCAGUGAUGUCUUCCCCCAGAUAGCUCAAAUAGGUACCCAGGGGAGGGGGUCAGACACCAGUGCUCCAAGGGAGGGGGUGCUGGUAGCACUGGUGGCUGCUGGGGGGGCCGUUGGAGGGGAAGGGAGAGCAGCAGCUGAACCUGCAUCAAACCAAAGGGUUUCUUUGCUUUGUUUACACCCCUGGCCAGCCUCACGCCCCGGAGGUUCUCCCUGGAUCUAGGUUUUUGUCCUGGAAGUGUCGGGGGAGGUCGGGACAGGCCAGAGCCAGGGGCUGGGGGACGCUGCACCCGCGGAGGUGCCCGCGAUGGUCCCAGGGGAGCCCAUGGCUCGGGCACAUCCAUCCCACCCCUGGCUGCUCCGGGAAGCGCCAGCCCUGCCACAACCUUUUCCUGUUUUUCCCCAUCUGUUCCCAUCCUCUUUGGCGCUGGGUGGGAAGGUGAUGCUGGGGAGGUGGGACGAGGUCCGAGGGGGCCGGAGGGUGGAGGGGAGGGCGGAUGUGUACAAAGCGACCCCUCCCCUCCCUCCCGCCGUCCUCGUGCUGUAUAAAGGAAAUAGCCUCGCUGUGUAUUUGUACUCUGAGCUCCGUGUGUCUGCGUUGGCAGACGGUAAACCCUUGUACAGUAGGUCUAGCUGCAUGUAAUCUGUAUGGACAAUGGCAUUAUAAAAUGCAAUAAAAUAAAUUACCUAU